AUGAAGCACUUCAUUACUCUCCUAGCUGGCGCCGGGUUGACUGCUGCGGUUCCUUUGCAAACCCGGUCUACAAAUACCUUCUUCUUCACAUUUGGUGAUUCCUACACCUGGACCAGUUUCGAUGCCACGGGCACACAGCCUACUGCUGGAAACCCGAUGGGCAAUCCCACAUUGGGAACCGGCGCAACUGGCGGCGGCAUCAACUGGGUUGGAGACUUGACUACUGUGAACAACGCUUCCUUAGUCCUCAGUUACAAUCUUGCCGUUGGGGGUGCUUCAAUUGACAACAACCUGGUUAAAACCAAUACCAAACAGGAUAUGACGACGCAAGUCGGGUUAUUCGAGACAACUUAUAGUCAGAAGCCUGCUUCUGCGGCGUGGUCUUCGGAUAACGCAGUCUUUGGAUUCUGGAUUGGAAUCAAUGACAUCGGUUGGGGCAAUGCAAACAACGAGCCCAGUGUUCUGAUUCCUAAGCUGAUGGCUCAGUACAAGACUCUCGCUGAGAAGAUCUACUCCAAUGGUGGACGGAAGUUCAUCUUCCUCAACGUCCCGCCUACUAGCCGCAGCCCCAAGGUGAUCGGUUCAGGAACCAGCGCAGUUAACACCCACGCUACGUGGAUUAAGGCUUACAACGAGGCACUUGACAAGAUGGUCGAUGAAUUCAUCGCAGGUCACAGCGGAACAAGAACUGUCACCUACGAUACCUGGAGCUUUAUGUCCAAGAUUCUCGAUUCUCCUUCCACCUAUGGAUUCACAGAUGCUUCUUGUGUCAAUAGUGAUGGUGAGACCUGUGUCUGGUGGGAUGCCUACCACCCAGGCAAGAAGUAUCACGCACUGCAGGCAGCGGAUAUGAAAGAGCACAUGCACUCCCUCGGUGCUUGGUAA